GACAACUCGGAGGGUUUAGUUAUCAGAGAAGACCGGAGAGUACGGUAGGACAUCAGCAAAUCUUCCAUAGCCUUUUAGCUCAGUUCACUCCGGCGUGCGCACCGCACUUUUUUCCCCUUAUUGUCUAUUUAUAGCGGUGCUCACGCAGUGACGACGAUUUCCCUUAUACCUGCUGGCUAGCCUCAGCCCGUUGGAGUUAGUUCUGUGUUACCUGUGUGACAGGUAAAGGUGUUUUAGGCAAACGGAGGUUAAUAGACUUGUGGUGGAAGGGGAGGUACCAAGAGAACGGCGCGGAGACAGGCCUGCUUGGUAAUACACACUGAGAAGCAGCUGGUGAGUGCUAACUGGACUCAUGUUAUAUAGCCUACCUGGCUGUGUUACCUGUUUGGGUUAACCUAUCAUUACUACCGGACUACCAGAGAGCACAUGGACUAGUUUACCUGAACAGGUACAGCACGACACUCAGGACAGGUAAAAGCACGGCUGAGCGGCUUACCGUAUUAAGAUCCACAGUCCAGCUCAAAUCAAGUUCAUGAGUGGUUGUUAAACAGAAGUGCCUUUGACUGAACAAGUUCGAUGUGAGGACAAAAAAGCAGGGCAAAUCAGUUGUUAGUCUGAACAGCAAAUUGACUAGUGCUUCAAAAUGGCAGCCGUGGAAAACGAUCAGCCCACCAAUGACAAAUUGAACGAUUCAAAUUACAGCGCGGAAAAUGCCUCGAUUAACAGUGAAGGCGACGCGGAAGACAUCAUUGAGAGACUUCACGACGUGACUGCGUUGACCAUUCCCGAUCGGGAUAUACCCUCUUCAAUAGAAGACUCGGAUAGCACCCGGUCUACAGAGGCAGCCGAGACGGGAUCCGUCGGGGCGGUGUCCAGUACUCCGUCGGAUACGAAGAACGGUACCAGCGAAGACGGCGAAUCUAGUCAGCACGAGGACGGUGUCAGCAAUGGUGUCCCUGAGUCCAACUCGGACGCUACCAGCACGACUUCUUCAGAUCAUAAAGGUGAGAACAGAACAAUGAACGAUGACGAAAAUCGAACAAGCACCAAAGAAAAUACCAAGAAAAAAGGUACGAAUCCAGUCAAAGGUUUAUUGCGAAAGUUCACUAAGUCUACCAAUAAAUCCUCCAGUUCUCGGUCAAAGGGCUCGUCAGCCAAAGACAAGCUUAAGCCGGACCCAGAUCUGUCCGAGGUGACAAUAGAUAAACUACCACAAUGCUUUAUUGUCAAAUACCUGGGGAAAAGGGAAUGUGACGGUCUGUGGGGGAUUAAACAUGUUCGGAAACCUGUGGAUGAAAUGGUGAAGAAAGUGACUAAACAGCUGGAGACCGGCGACAAACCUGUCGAACUACCUCUGAUGUAUUUAGUGGUGUCCCCCAAGGGUCUAGAGCUACGGGAACACAAGAACAAUAGAGUCAAGGACGAUUCAAUGCCGCAAGCAGGUACGUUUCCAAUCGACUUUAUUUCCUACGGUGUCCAAGAUUUGAAAUUCUGGAGAGUGUUUACCUUCAUCGUUGUUCAAGAACUGUCGGCGAGAUCCAAGAAAAUGGAUUGUCAUGCUUUUAUCUGUGAUUCCUCGUUAUCGGCUCGGAAAGUUGCCGUUUCUCUGGCGUUUGCGUUCAGGGUCAAUAUGCGGAAACUACAGCAGGAAGGUAAAGAGCAUCGGUUCCAGGUGGAUUUACGACCACCCGAUGAGCUGGCGAAUAAGUACGCGGCCCAGGAGGGUGAACCCGAGGCUGCAGAAUGCUGAGGGGAUUACUUAACUCCACAGGAAGUCUCUUGUAUCUUCCAAAGACCUGGUGGCAAGCUGAUAGACUUUACAGCCCACGUCUAAAAUAAUAACACCAUCUGUGGUUCUCAGCCGUCUGCAGAUACCUUGCCACCUCGAAGCUUUAGUGGCCCAUCGGAAGGCCUGUCGUGUCCUUCCGAGUCGUGCGAUUUUCUCUAAGCACGAGGAUCGAUACCCCUGACUUGACGACAAUCAGCUUAAUCUUUCCAGAUAUUGAAAUUCUCCAUUAUCCUUCAAGACUUCCUGAAAGUUUCUUUGAACUGAUUUCAAGCGGCUUCUAUAUUAUGACAGAUUUAAUGUUUGGAUACGUCUUCAUGAAUAAACUUUUGACUGGAACUUCUAAAGAUUAACAAGACACUAUCUUUAGGCAGGUGUUGUGCCCAAAGUGUUUUCACGUCAAAAGAUAGACUCUUCCAAUUUAUGCUAUUCCUAGUGGAUUUUUGGUGCAACCCGGGUAACACCGAUGAUAAACGUUAAACUUGGAUAUGCACUUUGCCCCUGUAAGGAUUUGUGAUGAUUUAAAAUGUGAGACACGUGUAACUGUGACGAGAACUGGACAAUCUGUAACAACUGUGUAUAUAUGGCUGUUGUUCAGAUGCCUUCCAUUUCCUAAUAACGUCCAUUUGUAUAUUCUACUAAAUUGCUGUGGAUCUCUGUUUCACACCUGAUUGGAUGAUUCAUUUAAGCGUUUAUUUAACUUUGUAUAUGAUCUCGCGCAGUUAAGGUGUCGGAUAUGGAUAUGCAUUGCAUUCUACUGAUAUAUAAAUUAUUUACAACUGGGAAAUAUUCUGUGGCUGAGUCCAUCUUUAUCUCUAUCCUGCUUUGUGAUAUCCCGCCUGAGACGGUGAUUGGUUAUGCGCUCAGUGUGGUGGCAAAUUGAUCAGCUCACCGAGCUAAAAGAUACAAACGUUGAGAAGUAGUAAAGAGAAGUAGUGCAGAGAAGUACUUGCGUAUUAUACGCGUAUGCGAAUUGUCUCAGUGCAGACACAUGAUAUAUUUCAAUGUGUAAUAGAGAUGGUUAAUGCAAUGAGAAUUUGAGCACGUGAAAUGUGAAUAACAUUACUGCAUGGAAAUGCUAAUCAAUAUUACUGGUGUUGAAGAUCUAUUGUCACUGUACCGAUACUCUACUUAUCAUGAUAUUUGUUUAACCAAUCAGUGUUCGUGUUUUGUAAACAGUACACCUCACCUAAGCAAAUACCUGCUACGAAAUCAUUCCAAAAACACUCCUUUUCCAUUUCUACUGGGCUGAGAUGUGCUAACGAAUGUAACAACACCCCUGGGAGAAUACGGAUGUAAUGCGCAUUUUAACCCGGUUCAGUAAAUCAAUACUGUUAUUAACUUGAAUGUAAACGCAAACGAUUACUCCCAGUUUCGGUAUGAACAAUACGGGAUAUGUAUCAACAGAGUCUGUUAUGUUUACAUUCUACAGCUUGCUAGCUUCCGGCAACUGGCCACGGACAAGAUGUCAUUAUAAUACAGGACGUACAAAGAUGCCGAUCUAGUCUUUCAAGUGAAUUGAUGCGUGUAGAACUUAUUUUUUGACACUAUAUUUAGUUCUGCGACAGUUUUGUGUCGUCGCUCGGGGUUAAAUGGAGAUGGUUGCAAAAAGGAACACUAUAAGCUUCUGUUCUGUAGUUACAGUGAACCCGAGAAUGUAAACAUUUGUACGCCUACGUAUUUAUGUGUUUUUGGCUCCAUAAUCAACAGUGGAAUACGUGCCAACAUGCUUAAUACUAUUAAUAUACCGCUUAUUUAUAUCGUAUUUGAAAUGACGUAAGUUAUUACACCUAUCCCGCUGAGAGUGUUAACAGCAUGUUAAUAUCGUGUUAAAGGCGUAUAUAAAUCAAAAGAUUUGGCGUCCAGGGCUUAACGGUGGCUUAUCCUGAGGUACAUGUACCUAGGCAUAUUUCAACAUUUAUGGUACAGUAAAUCUGGUACAAUAAACCUCAAGGACACAUUUUUAUUUACGGGAAAUAUAUUUAUGAGCACAUGUGAGGAUGAUUGAAAUAAAGACGAUUGAUCAUCUUUCUGAGAGUGCACGUAUACUGAUUUAGUUAAUUAGUGAUAUUUUACGGAUGUGGUUUACAGUUAUGUAAACAGCAGUUGUAGCAACUCGCUGUUUUCGUUGAUGGUGGUACCUUUAGCAUAUAUAGUACUUUUGUGUCUGAAGGGAUUUCAUGCAUCGUCAUUCAAACGUAGAGCGGGAAAUUCCAAACCGUAACGGCGUGAAAAUCUUUGGAUCUUGUUGUCACCUUAAUUUGUAAUCAACAGAAUAGCCUGUGUUGAAUAAAUUGCUUUCAUGCGGAGAUUGAUUGAUUGGUGUUUAACGUGGUAUACUCAGGUAUUUUUCAUUUUAUACCACGGCAAUCAGGUUUAUGGGUGGAGGAAACGGGAGUGCCAGGAGAAAACCCCUGUCUUCACAAGGCACAUGGUAAAUUGCCUGACUUAAAACCGUAGCCGAAACAGCGAGAGCUGGAUUGGAACAUUUGGCCUCAUUGUCCAAGGGACUGACAGUCACAGCAAAACAGUAUUGUAACCAUCUGAGCCUGGGGGCAGGUUUUAUGUCGAGAAUGAAUGCUUUUGACUUCAUGCAACAACUGUCAUAUUGUAUACAUAUACUGGGGAGUUCAUGAAGAAAACAGCCACGCAUAACAAUAAUUCUUAACUCAUUUGAAUAAAUCAAAUUCAUGUCUUGAACUGAAAUCGAGAGACAGAGAGUACUAUUAUAGUGGGAUUGUGUUAAGACAUGAAUACAUGGGUGUGUCACCACUGACAUAAACUGCUGGCAUAUAUAUAGUUCUACAUGCAGAUGUCUACAUUUUGUUUCUUACACGUGUCCCAAUUAUAGAUUGUA